AUGGCUGGGAUGGUAGUGAUUUUUGACUUUGACUCAACAAUCAUUGAGUGUGAUAGUGAUAAUUGGGUACUUGAUGAGUUUGGUUUAACUGAAGAGUUCUAUCAGCUUCUUCCUAGCAUGCCUUGGAAUCCCCUCAUGGAUAGAAUGAUGAAUGAACUUCAUUCACAAGGAAAAACCAUUGAAAACAUUGUACAGGUUCUUAAUAGAACUCCAAUGCAUCCCCACAUUGUUCCAGCCAUUAAGGCAGCAUAUUCUCUUGGGUGUGAGUUGAAGAUUGUGAGCGACGCAAAUAUUUUCUUUAUUGAAACAAUAUUGAAGUAUCAUGGGGUGCGGAAUUGUUUCUCAGAGGUCAUUGCAAAUCCUAGUUAUGUUGAUGAAGAAGGGAGGCUCAGAAUUUGCCCCUACCAUGAUUAUCUCAAAUCUUCUCAUGGAUGUAAUCUUUGUCCACCAAACAUGUGCAAGGGAUUGGUCAUAGAAAGUAUCCAAAAUUCACUUGGUGCCGAAGGAAAGAAGAAAUUCAUUUAUCUUGGAGAUGGAAAUGGAGACUUUUGCCCUAGUUUGAAGCUCAAAGAUGGAGAUUAUUUGAUGCCUAGAAUGAACUUUCCAUUGUGUGAUUUAGUAUCUAAAAACUCUAAUCUCAUAAAGGCAGAGGUACAUGCAUGGAGAGACGGGGAAGAGCUUGAGCAUGUUCUUCUCCAUAUUAUCAACAAAGCUAUUGGUGAAGGAAACAGCACUAGUAGUUCUAUUCCAACAAUAUCAGUUGAUUGCAAGUCGGGGCCAAUUUCAAUUGAUGCUCAUAUACCUUUUCCUAAGGCCCUCCCAGUUCCUCAAUAA